CUUUAUAUAUUUUUGAUUAUUUUUUUUUUCAAAUUUCAUAAAAUCAAAUGCACUAAACCGGAAACCCCACCUCCAUCUCACAAGAAUCGGAUCCAUUGCACUUUUUUAGGAAACCUCUAGAAUCUCGGCAAACCCGAAUUCCUGUAAUGGCGACGGUGGCCAAAUUUCCGACAAUUCCGACGGAUUGCCACCACAGAAGCACUCAAUCGGCGCCUCUGCAACUGGGAUUCUGCCGGAGAUCAAUCUUUUGGGAUCCAAUACCAGUUUCUAGACGUGGGCUGUAUGUGCAACCCUGUAGGUCGUUUAAGAGAGAUGAUGACGAAAAAGAUAAAGGUAGUUCCAGAAAUUUGGGGGAUUUUAAGCUCGAUGGUAAUAAGUUAAUGGAAGCUGUUAAAUCUUUGAUUUUACCAAAGGAUGAUUCGAUCGAGAAGCUGGAGGAGAAUUUGUCAAAGAUUGCGCUUCAUCUAGGGAGAUACAUCGUGACCAUGAUGAGCACGGGGGUAAUUUUGUCAAUUGGAUUCAAUUUGUCGGGUGGAGAAGGUGAAAUGAAUGAUUUAAUAUGGUAUAGUUGGGUUGGAGGCAUUAUAAUUGGAACCAUGAUUGGUUCCAAUAUGGUCUUGGAUGAAUUUAGUCGCGCGGGUCCCAGGAAUGUUGUCAUAACCGGAAGUACUAGGGGACUAGGAAAAGCACUUGCGCGUGAGUUUCUACUUUCGGGGGAUCAUGUGGUUAUUGCUUCAAGAAGCAAAGAAUCUGUCGACAUGACAAUUAGAGAGCUUGAGGAGAAUUUACAAGAAGGUUUGAACACCAAAAUGAAUUCAUCUACAAAAAAUCUAGAAUAUGCAAAAGUGAUAGGCACUUCAUGUGAUGUUUGUGACCCUAAUGAUGUUAAGAAAUUGGCAAACUUUGCUGUUGAUCAACUUGGUUCCAUUGAUAUUUGGAUAAAUAAUGCUGGGACAAACAAAGGAUUUAGACCAUUGUUGCAGUUUAGUGAUGAAGAUAUACAACAGAUUGUCUCUACGAAUUUAGUUGGAUCUAUUCUAUGCACUCGUGAAGCAAUGCGUAUCAUGGGCAACCAACAUCGAGGUGGUCAUAUUUUUAACAUGGAUGGUGCUGGAUCUGGUGGGUCAAGCACCCCUUUGACCGCUGUCUACGGGUCAACAAAAUGUGGUCUUAGACAACUUCAAUCAUCAUUAUUCAAAGAAUGCAAGAAAUCUAAAGUUGGAGUUCAUACAGCUUCUCCAGGCAUGGUUCUCACCGAUUUGCUCUUGAGUGGAUCGAGUAUUCAAAACAAGCAAAUGUUCAACAUAAUAUGUGAGCUUCCGGAAACCGUUGCUAGAACUUUGGUCCCACGUAUGCGGGUCAUAAAGGGAAGUGGUAAAUCCAUUAAUUACUUGACCCCACCAAGAAUCUUGCUUGCUUUGGUUACCGCAUGGUUAAGACGAAAAAGAUGGUUUGAUGAUGAGGGGAGAGCAUUAUAUGCUGCAGAAGCUGAUAGAAUAAGAAACUGGGCAGAAAGCAGGACUCGGUUUUCUUUCACAGAUGCCAUUGAAAUGUACACAGAAAACACUUGGGUUUCUGUGUUUUCACUUUCGGUUGUUUGUGCAUUCAUUAUUCUCUCAAGUACAACAGGCAGUGCAUCACCAGGGACUUAAAACAUUCAUCAUAUGUUCUUGAAUUUUAAUGAAAUACAACAUUAUAGGAUAUGAUCUUGCUUGAUUAUUUUGGUGCUUUUUUCUCCAAAUCACAUCCACCCAUUUGUUCUAAGGGUUGAAGGGAGGAUAUGGUAUGUGGAUCUUUUGGAGUUGCAUGAAGAAUGUGUGUUCAUGGGGAUAUCUAUGUGAAUCUUGUAAAGGAAAUUAGAAAAGGCAAUGGUUUAAUAGUUAAUGCCAUUGACAUCUUGUUGGACAUAGAUUGUAAAUGUUUGGGUUAGUAAUAUUGUACACAUCAUAGUAAAACUUAAUGGGUAUGGACUUAUGUGACGUUAUUUGUAA